ACAAUGCGGUAGUUGUUUCCACCAACAGUUGCCGCCACACUCUACCUUCAAUAUGUCGGCUCUACAAGUUUUCUUGUGUGAUCUUUGCAUCCUUCUAGUAAUAGGGUUCAAUUUCACGACAGCGGAAGAAGCUCCUAGGGUGAACACCACAGCGGGCGCCCCCACCCCCGCCACUGGCAACUGUUCCUGCGGGGGCUUCACGUCGGAACAUCCCGGGGCCGGGGACUCCCCUAUCAUCUCCCAGCAGCCGGGGCUCACGGUGGCGGAGGACGCGGCCGGGGAGGCCACCUGCAAGGCUCUGUGCGUCGCUCUCGCCACGGCCACUAAAGCUAAGGGACCGGAGAUCCUGUGCAGCCGGCUCAAGACUGCUGAUGAGCUUAAGCUGUCAGCGUUCUUCAAGGUGGGCAGCCGGCCGUGGUUGUACGCCGGCAUGACUGCGGAGGCGCCGCUAUGUUGUGAGGCCGGCAAGGUCAAGGUCUGCGCCUCAGCCGUCGCCCUUAACGCCACCACCGUAGAAGUUACACCAGCGCCAGCGGUUUAAUUAGCCCGUUAUAGAUGUACUAGCUUUUGAAUUAGCUAUGGUAGUUAGGAAGCAAGUUUUACUUACGAGUAUUAUUGAUUUUGAUAUUAGGUAGUAAAAUAUUGAUUGAUAAAAAAAAUGUGUUCACGUAAGAGGUGACUUUUAAAUUGAUUUAUAAACUAGAGCUAUGUAUUAGAGCUAGGUUAAUGUUAUAAUUAUUAUUUGGUACUUGUGUAGGUAACAAUUAGUCCAUACAUUGACCAAUGUAAUCAGCUGUGUAUACCACACGAUACCAUAACACAGUGUUUAUGUAAACAUAGUGCCGUGCUAAUUCCCACCAGUGAAGUAUUAUACGUAUUUCUUGGUAAGUAGUAGUGUUUAUAAAUACGCAUAUUGUCUCAUAGGAUAGUCGGAAGUUUUAUAUUUUUGCGUUUAGUUCAUUACGAGUAUUACUAUUAUAAUUUAUCACCAUUACUUAUUUUAAUUUAUGAAUAAAACUACGGUACAUUAAUUA